ACAGACAACCGAGCCGCUGCUGCUGCGGCGCUUCACCGACGUCGGAAGUUGCACUUGGUUCUUUGUGGAAAUUUCUGUUGUGAAAAAGCAGUAAAUAUGGCAGAAGCUCACCAGGCGGUGGCGUUCCAGUUCACAGUCACCCCAGAGGGCAUUGAUCUGCAGCUGUCCCACCAGGCGCUCACUGAGAUCUACCUGUCUGGGCUUCGCUCCUGGAAGAAGCGAAUCAUCAGACUCAAAAACAGCGUGAUAACUGGAGUUUAUCCUGCUAGUCCUUCUUCUUGGCUAUUUGUGGUCAUUGCAAUCCUGGCUACUAUGUACACUCGCUCUGAUCCCUCCAUGGGCCUUAUAGCCAAGAUACAGGAACACCUACCAGUCAGCCACUCUAUGAGCACCCAGUGCCAGGCUGUGGUGUCGGCCGUGCUCUUCAGCACCAUGUUAUGGCUCUUACUCAUCUUCACCAUGCGACUCUGUCUCAAGCAGCUCCUCUCCUACCACCGUUGGAUGUUUGAGCAGCACGGCAAGAUGUCGAAUACCACCAAAGUCUGGGUGGCACUGGUGCGGAUCUUUUCUGGCAGAAAGCCUCUGCUCUACAGCUACCAGGGUUCGUUGCCAAACCUGCCUGUGCCCACUGUCAAGGACACCGUCAAGAGGUACUUGGAGUCGGUGCGUCCUCUCAUGGAUGAUGCUGAGUUUGAACGCAUGACCAACCUGGCGACAGAAUUUGAAAACACUGUCGGUAAACGACUGCAGUGGUACCUCAAAAUCAAAGCUCUCUGGGCCUCCAACUAUGUUAGUGACUGGUGGGAGGAAUACGUCUACCUACGUGGACGGAGCCCUAUCAUGGUCAACAGCAACUACUAUGGCAUGGACUUCCUGUAUGUGACACCUACACCCAUCCAGGCGGCCAGAGCAGGCAACACCAUUCAUGCUUGUUUACUGUAUCGCCGUAAACUCAACAGAGAAGAGCUGAAGCCUAGUCGUAUCCCAGGCACGGUCAUUCCCCUGUGUGCAGCUCAGUGUGAGAGGAUGUUCAACACCACACGCACUCCUGGAGUGGAGACCGACACGGUGCAGCAUUGGCAGGACAGCGCCUACGUCGUAGUGUACCACAGGGGGCGCUACUAUCGGCUGUGGGUGUACCAGGCUGGGAGGAUGCUGUGCCCCAGGGAGAUUGAAUUCCAGAUUCAGAGGAUUUUGGAUGACCCUUCACCUCCAUCAAAAGGAGAGGCGAAACUUGGGGCACUGACUGCUGGAGACAGAAUUCCAUGGGCUAAGGCCAGGAGAGAAUAUUUUAGAAGUGGAGUCAACAAACGCUCUCUGGACUGCAUAGAGAAAGCUGCCUUCUUUGUCACCCUGGACGAUGAUGAACAGGGCAUGAUGGGAGAUGACCCAGCUGCUAGCUUAGAUCGCUACGCCAAGGCUCUGCUGCAUGGCAAAUGUUACGACAGGUGGUUUGACAAGUCCUUCUCAUUCGUGAUUUUUAAGAACGGAAAGAACGGUAUAAACGCAGAGCACUCAUGGGCUGAUGCACCAGUGCUGGCACACCUCUGGGAGUUUGUACUAGCCACUGACAGCUUCCAGCUUGGUUACAACGCAGAGGGUCACUGCAAAGGAGAAGUGGAUUCAUCACUGCCACACCCACAGAAACUCAACUGGGAAAUAUCUACAGAAUGUCAGGAGCAGAUCUCUGGGUCUCUGGCUGUGGCCCAGGCUCUGGCUGACGACGUGGACUUCCAUGUUUUCUCCUUCCGAGAGUUUGGCAAAGGCCGGGUCAAAAAGUGCCGCGUCAGCCCGGACGCCUUCAUUCAGGUGGCUCUUCAGCUGGCCUACUACAGGACUCGGAGGACGUUCUGCCUCACAUAUGAAGCCUGCAUGACCCGUCUGUUCAGAGAAGGCAGAACUGAAACCGUUCGGUCCUGCACCAGCGAGAUCAGUGCCUUUGUGCACGCCCUGGAGGGCGGAGAGACGGCAGAUAUCUGCAGGCGUUUGUUUUGCACGGCGUCAGAAAAGCACCAGCACCUCUACCGCAUGGCCAUGACCGGCGCCGGCAUCGACAGACACCUCUUCUGUCUUUAUGUGGUGUCCAAAUACCUCGGCGUGGAGUCUCCCUUCUUGAAAGAGGUGCUGUCAGAGCCGUGGCGACUGUCCACCAGUCAGACUCCAAUCCAGCAGGUGGAGCUGUUUGACCUGGUCAACCACCCAGAAUACAUCUCCUGUGGCGGGGGCUUUGGACCAGUGGCUGAUGAUGGUUAUGGGGUGUCCUACAGCGUCGUGGGAGAGAACAUGUUUAACUUCCACAUCUCCUGCAAGCACUCCUGUCCAGAUACUGAUGCUCAUAAGUUUGGAGGUCAGAUCAGAAAAGCUCUGCAUGACCUGAUCCAGCUGCUGAGCCCAAACCAAAGCCAAUCCAAGAACACGGAGCAGAACCGACCCGAGGUCAAGAAAGACCUGUAGGCAGCCGCGCGGACGGACCGGGAUUCUUAAGGGAGGACAUUCAACAUUUCACAUGACUGAAUAAGGUGUUAAGGGAAGCCAGGCAUCUCCUCGUGCAUAGGGAGAGUUUUAUCGGUAGUUUUGAUAAUGAAGCAGAUGACUCUAGGAACUUUUCGUAAUUUAACAGAAUAACAAACACAGUACUAUUUAUUGGACCAGUUUUGUGUUGCAACAUUGUAGUCAUGAUGCCAAAUUUGCCAAACAUUUAAUUAUAUGAGGGUUAUUUGUUUUAAGAAGGAUAAUUACACCAAAGUUUGGUGAGGAAUUUCUAACCCAACUUUAUUUCAGGGACUGAUUUAUAAUAAUUACUGUAAAUUGUGAUGCCAUGAAGCCAGUUUGUUAGAUUUUUUUUUUUUUUUUUUUUUGAAGAUGCAGCAUUGCUGAAACAGUGACACCAGGCAUUAUUUUUGGUCUUCCCACAUUGUUAUUGUGACUCUGCUUUCUACAGCACCAUGAUUGUAAUGUUCUGUUGUUUGGAAGUGACUCUUUCA